UGGAGGGCGGUAGUUCUUCUGAAUGUCAGCGUUGCCAAAAGUGAAGACGUAGAAGAAGAGCACUUCCGGUUUAUGGCUCUUGAGAAAAAGAUGGAUCAGCAGCCAAAUAUCCAUUUUUCCAUCCGGAAAGGACUGUCCUUCCCUCCUCUGGAGCAAUGCACAACUUGCUGCUCUAAAGGCCUAUAUCAUUGUCCGUUUUGUUUACCAACAUUUUUUAAACCAACAAAGCGAUCAAGGGUUAUGGUUCAUUUGGACAAUCACUUGAGGAGAGCCUGCUAUUUUGGGGAGUACACAAUCCACAAAUGUGCACUGGAGUGCAGGAAACAACCACAUUUCCACUGUUUGUAUUGCAAUGGCACAUUUAUAAAGAAAGAGACUUUCAGCAGUCAUUUUUUAGCGUGCCAAGAGGGGCACCAGCAGCAGAAGAAUCUAGAACUCUUCAACUUGCAAACAGUAGUUCCACAAAGUGUCCAAAUCAGCGAAGUGACCCCUGAAGAGAGCCUCAUUCCCUCAUUUCACAUGGAGAGCAAUGAUGGCAGUGAAGGUGAUGAUAUCACCAUAAUUCCUGAUUCUGGGGAAGAAGACUGCCAAGAAGGGAGCAGCAGCCACUCUGUGACUCAUUUCAUCUCCAGGUCAAACACACCAGGCACAGUGGGGAGGGUGACAAUGAGUGCAGGGCCAGACUCCUCUAAACGUGAUCAAAUGGUACAGACAAAUAUUGAAAAACCUCAAGACUGUGACGAAUACUACUUCAUGAAUCUGGUGAAAAUGUUUAAAAAGUUGUGUCCUAAGAAAAAGACAGAGGUCAGGAUGAAAAUUGAGAGGAUCCUGUUCGAAGCUGAGUUUCAGUAGACGUUUGCUUGCUUUACAUUUUUUUCUUUUUAAGUAGUAGUAACAAAUGAUUUGAUUUGUGAUCCAUGUUGUUGCACUAGCUGAGAUUUGCCUUUCAGGGAGCUCUGCAUGAAAUGUGAAAAUGUGAAUUUCAUGUGUUGUAUGAGAUGAGGUUUGUAAAGAGGAACAACAAACUACACUGAAUGUUCCAGUUUGCUGCUCAGAAUUGUUCUUUAUUUAACAUUCAUGCUAUCUCAAAAUGAGUCCACUAUUAUUUUCAUGUGUAGAAAUGCUCAGUAUGUUUUAUAGUUGUUACAAAUAAAAUGUUGUUUAUGAAGUUCUCAAAACAACAGCAUUACAUUGAAAUAUAUAUUUUUGACACUUUUUGACAUUUGUUUGCAAGGAAUAACCAAAGAAUGUAGAAUCUACCUCAGAAAGAAGCAGAGCUGGAGCAGUGGUCUCACAGCUGCAUGCCUCUUACACUCAAGAACAGCAGCUGUUUGUUAAAGCUGAAUAUGUUUUUCAUUUAAAUAAAGUUCCUUGAUUC